GUAAAAAGUGAUUAUGAAUUUAUUUCAAGACCAAAAAAAGAAAAAUGCAAAGAACUUCUCAGAAAGGAUGUUGAUUUGGCGUAGAGGAGGCAAUAUAUAAAUCGGGAAGGACUGAAGGGUGUGUGGGGCUUAGACUGCUACCUAGUUCACCGCCACUGCCACCACCGCCACUACGGUCGUUCCUUGCUGUGGCCUUUACUCCUCCCAACUCAACUCAACUCAACUGCACCACAGCAACUCCAUUUCUCUCCUCACCACUCCUCAGUGUGUAUAGAAAUUGAAGUUGAAUUUGAAUUCUAAGCAACAGUCAAUAUGCAAGGCUUCCCUUCUGAAGGUGAAAAUGCUUUGUCAGUUGUUGGUCCAAAGCCAAUGGAAUGGUCUACUGUUCCAUACAGUGGUCCUCAAGUUCCUGGACCAAAUGGAAAGAAGCGGACAUCAAGUUUGGAAUCGCCAAUCAUGUUGCUGACAGGUCACCAGAGUGCUAUCUAUACCAUGAAGUUCAAUCCAUCAGGAUCAGUCAUUGCGUCUGGAUCUCACGACAGAGAGAUUUUCCUCUGGAAUACGUAUGGGGAAUGCAAGAACUUUAUGGUUCUAAAGGGUCACAAAAAUGCAGUUUUAGACCUUCAUUGGACUACAGAUGGAACUCAGAUAGUUUCUGCCAGCCCUGAUAAAACUCUGAGGGCUUGGGAUGUGGAAACAGGAAAACAAAUUAAAAAGAUGGUAGAGCAUCUUUCAUAUGUCAAUUCAUGUUGUCCUUCGCGGAGGGGUCCGCCUCUUGUUGUCAGCGGAUCAGACGAUGGAACUGCUAAACUAUGGGAUAUGCGUCAAAGGGGUUCCAUCCAAACAUUCCCAGAUAAAUACCAGAUUACAGCUGUUAGCUUCUCCGAUGCAUCAGAUAAGAUCUAUACCGGUGGUAUUGAUAAUGAUGUCAAGGUAUGGGAUUUGCGUAAGGGUGAAGUUAUCAUGACACUUCAAGGUCAUCAAGAUAUGAUUACUGGCAUGCAGUUGAGUCCUGAUGGUUCUUACCUUCUAACUAAUGGCAUGGAUUGCAAGCUCUGCAUUUGGGAUAUGCGCCCAUACGCCCCCCAAAAUCGCUGUGUAAAGGUGUUGGAAGGGCACCAACACAACUUUGAAAAGAACUUGUUGAAGUGCAAUUGGUCAUCCGAUGGAAGCAAGGUCACAGCAGGGAGUUCGGAUCGAAUGGUUUAUAUAUGGGAUACCACGUCGCGACGCAUCUUAUAUAAGCUUCCUGGGCACAAUGGAUCUGUUAAUGAGUGUGUGUUUCACCCCAACGAACCUAUUAUUGGAUCUUGCAGUAGCGACAAGCAGAUCUAUCUUGGAGAGAUAUGAUGCAAAUGUUUGGAAACUGGCCGAAAUUAGAUGAAUAUGUUGUUCUUUUUGGCAACUGCUUUUAGGGAAUAGUGAAUUUUAGAAAAGCUUAGUCUGCUGUUGUUCCUGGUGGAACAAUUCAGUGUCUGUAUAAUAUUCAGGCAAAACAUUGUCUCAUUUGUUGCUUCUUAAUAUAACUUGGAAUUUUUGACAUUGAUGCUUGGGAAGAAAAUGGCUCCAACGAUUUAGGCAGCCUUUUGGCUUGAUGCCUAUUUGACAAAAGGUGUGUUAUGUGUCUGUAUAAAGUGUGGAACUCUGCGUUGAUUCUCACUCUGAUUACCACUUGACGGAGUUUGAACCUAAUCUAAGUUGAGAUCAUGUCUUAUGCAACGAUAGAUAAGGUAUGGAAGUUUGCAUCUUAUUUGUAUGCACCA